AUGUACAGGGAGUCGGUACGAAUAGGUCUUCAUUAUGCAAUUCGUGACCAGCUUGACAGCAGUAUCGGCGAGCAAAAAAACUGUAUUCUGGCAAUAGUCGAGAGUGUUCACCAAGUGUUCACAGCGGCGAGCGACUGGCAACGUGGCCAACAGUUCGGGAUCGACACCACUGGGGCGCGAGCGAGUGUCCUUUGUUCGGGAGGUACGCGUUGGAUCGAGGGCGCGAGUCAAGCUGGUAAGGCUCUUGAAAAACCGGUGAUGAUUAUUCUGGCGUUUACGCGAGAUUGGAAACCGCCUUGUGGCGUCGACUUUGAGGAAGUCCGUGCGGCGGGGAAUGGCGAACCACAGACACCAAUUCCAGCUGAAAAUACCUUUCGUGGGCGCCACACACCCUCUUCACUCAGCAACACGAUCAAAUUUUUGGCGACCACAGCAAUGGUUUUCCGAGUAUGGGUGAUCGUUUGCCCUAAUAUGUGGCGAACCCAGCCGGGUGCCAGACAACAGUGUAUCAAGGCCUGCCAAGAUUGGGCCCAGAAGAAGUGGGGUAAUGCUGGGUUGACAGGUCGUAUGAUCACUGUUGAGCAGGCUGACCAGAGGCGUUGGCGAAAGGGUUGUGGGCUGCACCGGUCGGACACGAACCGCAGCCUGCAUUACAUAGGCGAGGUGUGGUUCAAAGGAGACCUCUGGGAGAGUACCCACGGAAGGUAUUGGCACAUACCUCCGAAUGCAAUUGCUUUCCGUCGAGCCAUAUCCGAAGGUCUGCAACAUGUUGUUCUUGUGGACGGGUUCCAGGUAGGUGGCGAGCUCGGAAAGUCAAGGUAUUUACCACAAUCUCAUUAUGAUGGAUUCGAGACCGUGCCUCCAGGCGAAACGCAAAUCGCGAUCGUCGCAGGGCAGACCUCCAGGCAGACCGAGCUUGACAAGACUUUGCCUCCGAGCAAAACGAAGCCGAGGGGAGGUUGCCUCCAGACAAACGACGGUCAAAACCCGUCAUGCCUCCAGGCAUACGGAGGUCAAGACGUGUUUUGCCUCCAAGCGGGCGCAGUCGAGACACAUUGUUCCUCCAGGCAGAUGGAGCUCGAGGGUGUGAUGCGAUUUGCCUCCAGGCGAAAACGCGCACAUACGACCAAGUCCCUCCAGACAGAGGACACCCCUUUGCGAUUUGCCUGGAGGCACGGCCGGGUUUGCCGGACGCGCCAGGGACAAGGUCUCAGUGGGACGCUCGUUCACGGAGUGCCAGGAGUGCCAGGAGAAGCGAGCAGCGACGUCUAA